CUGGAGCAGGUUCCCGGCUCCUAGGUUCGGUAUUUUCCCGGGGCUGGUAGAGCGGGACGGCGCGGCCCGAGAGAGUCUCGACUCGACGCCAGCCGUUCCCCACCCCUCCCCAGGCGGCGGCGCCGUUCCGGGGCGGCGACCGGGCCUGCGGCUGCACUUCGCCGGCUUCCCCUCCCUUUUCCCUCUGUGGGCCGGGCCUCCAGCGGAGUGCUUUCGAGAACCGGACUAGCUACUCCCGCGUUGACCGUUUUAUGUUUGUCUAGCGCGCACUUCACCAGGUGAUUUCAAAGAACCUUACUGAUGCAUUCGGGCGUAAAUUGCGUUGGUUAGUGGGCUCGGCCGCCUCGCACUUCCCUGGGAGCGCUGAGGGUGGAUCCCUGAAACCGAAGGCCAUUUUGAACCUUGACUCUUACUAAGUCCUGUGUUCCAAACCCUUAAUCUUGGCUAUGUUACUAUCUCGAUAGCUGCUCUUUCUUGAUUGCUGCCUGGGACUGGUGGCCACGGCCAGCAUUAUGCGAGUUUUGGCUAAUCCCUUAUUUUAUCAAGCUUUUCAGACUUGAGACUGAAAGGGAAAGACCCCUCCCUUUUAGGGUGUUUUAGGGAAAGACUCUAAAACUUGUGCUGAUGGUAUUGUGGAUUGGGACUUUACAAACUGAUGAUACGCUGGAAAAAUCAUAAGAAACUACCCUAAGAGACCCUGGAUCUCAGGUUCACAGUUCACAAAUGUGGUGAUACACUUUUGGCUUGCGUUUUAGCUGGUUGCCUCUUUUUGGCCCUGUAAUUGCUCUCUCCGCAGAGGCAGUGAAUGGAAGAUUCUAAGGUCAGCGUUUAAUUAAUUGCCUCGCUUUGGCUUCUACAGUAUUCCAGGCAUCGAUCCUUCUAUUAAAAUUGCCUGGAGGCUGCCAGAUCGUCAAACGACGAUCUACCACGGACAGCCAGGAGGGAGUCACUACAUUGAGAGGAGGGAGGCGCCCUGUGCAGUUUACUAUCUCGGUCGCCCGCGGCCCGAGGCGCGGGAGCUAUCCCGUGACUAGAUUGGGCCUUGCCCCUGUCCAUCAUCGGAAAGGACUCCGCGGCGACUGUUUUGCCGUAAGAGUUGGAAACUGAGCACCGCCCAUGGAAAAGAGGGAGGUGAGGGUAAACGUUGUGUGUACUUCCCCAUUCAUUGGGUGGCUACUGUGUCAAUCAUACCCUGCCCAGUCUCGUUGGCUGGAAGGCCCCAGGCAGGUAGCGUGGACGCGGUGCUGCCCCUCUCGAGCUGCGAACCAGGCGCGUGACGUCUCAGACAUUUGUUGUUGGGGUUUGGGCCUCAUUAAUUAUUCAUUAGGUACUUGAAAGGGCUCCAGUGAUUGGUGGCUGGAAGGCCUGGUCGAUUGUUUCUUAGCUAGAGAUACGUGUCACCCUCUACGCGGCUGGAGAAGUUUCGCAUAAAUUAUCCGAUGAGGGGCGGGGCGGAGCCCCCCCCCCCCCCCGCAUAGAUUAAGCAAAUACGCCGAGGAGGGAGGGGAGGCCGGCUACGAAUUAGCCUAAGUUAUUAAAGAUGGCGGCGGAGCGGAGUCGCUCCCCGAUGGAGUCGCCGGUCCCGGCCUCUAUGUUCGCCCCCGAGCCCAGCUCCCCGGGGGCGGCCAGGGCCGCGGCGGCUGCCGCCCGGCUCCACGGCGGCUUCGACUCGGACUGCAGCGAGGACGGCGAGGCGCUCAACGGCGAGCCGGAGCUGGACCUCACCAGCAAGCUGGUUCUAGUGAGCCCUACAUCAGAGCAGUAUGACAGCCUACUUCGGCAGAUGUGGGAGAGGAUGGACGAGGGAUGCGGAGAGACCAUAUAUGUCAUUGGGCAGGGAUCAGAUGGGACUGAGUAUGGGCUGAGUGAAGCCGACAUGGAGGCCUCCUAUGCCACGGUGAAGAGCAUGGCGGAGCAGAUAGAGGCUGAUGUCAUCCUCCUGCGGGAACGUCAAGAAGCUGGGGGCCGUGUGCGUGAUUACCUGGUCCGGAAACGAGUAGGAGACAAUGACUUCCUGGAGGUCAGGGUAGCAGUAGUAGGCAACGUGGAUGCUGGCAAAAGCACACUUCUGGGGGUCCUGACACACGGGGAGCUGGACAAUGGCCGAGGCUUUGCCCGCCAGAAGCUCUUUCGCCACAAACAUGAGAUUGAAUCCGGUCGCACCAGCAGCGUGGGCAACGACAUUCUGGGCUUUGACAGUGAAGGCAAUGUAGUGAACAAGCCGGACAGCCACGGUGGCAGCCUGGAAUGGACAAAGAUUUGUGAGAAGUCCACUAAGGUGAUUACCUUCAUCGACUUGGCUGGCCACGAGAAAUACCUGAAGACCACGGUCUUCGGCAUGACAGGUCAUCUGCCGGACUUCUGCAUGCUCAUGGUGGGCAGCAAUGCUGGCAUCGUGGGGAUGACCAAGGAACAUCUGGGCUUGGCAUUGGCACUCAAUGUGCCUGUCUUUGUGGUGGUCACCAAGAUUGACAUGUGUCCUGCCAACAUCCUGCAAGAAACCCUGAAGCUGUUACAGCGCUUGCUGAAGUCUCCAGGCUGCCGGAAGAUCCCUGUGUUGGUACAGAGCAAGGACGAUGUGAUUGUUACGGCCUCCAACUUCAGCUCUGAGAGGAUGUGCCCGAUAUUCCAGAUCUCCAACGUUACAGGUGAGAACCUUGAUCUGCUGAAGAUGUUCCUCAACCUCCUCUCCCCCCGCACCAGCUACCGGGAGGAAGAGCCUGCCGAGUUUCAGAUCGACGACACCUACUCUGUCCCGGGUGUGGGGACAGUGGUGUCGGGGACAACACUGAGAGGCCUGAUCAAGCUGAAUGACACACUGCUGCUUGGCCCAGAUCCCCUGGGUAACUUCCUGUCCAUUGCUGUCAAAUCAAUCCACCGCAAGCGCAUGCCUGUUAAGGAGGUGCGGGGGGGCCAGACAGCCUCCUUUGCACUGAAGAAGAUCAAGCGCUCGUCCAUCCGCAAGGGCAUGGUGAUGGUUUCCCCACGCUUGAAUCCCCAAGCAUCCUGGGAGUUUGAGGCCGAGAUCCUUGUCCUCCACCACCCCACCACGAUUAGCCCACGCUACCAGGCCAUGGUGCACUGUGGGAGCAUCAGGCAGACGGCUACCAUUCUGAGCAUGGACAAGGACUGUCUACGCACUGGGGACAAGGCCACUGUGCACUUCCGCUUCAUCAAGACCCCUGAGUACCUGCACAUAGACCAGCGGCUUGUGUUCCGAGAAGGCCGCACCAAGGCCGUGGGCACCAUCACCAAGCUCCUCCAGACCACCAACAACUCCCCGAUGAAUUCAAAGCCCCAGCAAAUUAAAAUGCAGUCAACGAAAAAGGGUCCCUUAACGAAACGAGAAGACGGGGGUCCCUCUGGAGGGCCGGCAGUAGGGGCGCCCCCACCUGGAGAUGAAGCUUGCUCUCUGGGGACUGUGCAGCCAGCUGUGUCCAGCAGUCUCCAGCCACAGCCCAAGCCCAGCAGCGGGGGCCGGCGACGGGGGGGCCAGCGGCACAAAGUGAAGUCCCAGGGGGCCUGUGUGACUCCUGCCAGCGGCUGCUGAAUCUCCCUGGCCCACCCCCACCACCCAAGGGAUCCUUGUACUCGGGCCACUGUUCCGCCACACGAGCCAGAGCAGCUCUGACCACCACCCGCCCUCCCCCAGGCCACAGCUGGAGCCACAUCAUUCCCUGCCCCCGCCCCCAUUUUCCAGGGGGGUUGUAAUUUAUAAGCUGAGGAAGGUGGCCAGACUUCUGGAGGACUGACCAUCAUCCACCUUCUUCCCCGCCUUCUUCCUUAACUCAGAUGCUUUGUACAUCUGGGCCCUUAGUUUUUAUUCUUUUUAUUAUCUCUCUCUCUUUCUCUCUCUUUAGUGUGUGUGUAUGUGCGUGUGUGUGUGCGUGUGCCCGUGUGUGCGUGCAGAAGGUUGGUGGCGCAGACGUGCAGCCGGUGGGGCCCUGGCAGUCUUUCUCCUUUUUUCCUCUGUGGCUGGCUGCCAGCCUCUAGGAGCUGGCUGCCUGCUCAUCUGUCCAUCCGUCUGUGUGUCUCUGUGACAACCUUUAGAGGCUUUCAGGAGCUAAAGAGCACCCUCCUCCCCUGUGCUCACCGUCCUCCCCUGUGCUCACUCCUCUGCACCCAGGGCCCUCCACAGAGCUGGACUCAGGGCUUGGGGGCUUCAUUAAGUUCUGCCAGAGCAGGGAGCCUUCCUUCUGGGACUGGGGGGCUUUUAACAGAAUGGAGAGUGGUGGCCUCCUUUUUCUCUCUUCUCCUUUCCCCCUCUUACAUCCCCCAAACAGGUAAUGCCAAAAGCUCUUAAGCUGUAGCCUGUAGAUGGGUGGAGGAGAGAGGCACUUGGAUUGUAGGACCCCUCCCUGCCCCUAACUCUGACCCUUGCCACUGACCCGAAGACAGCUGGUGGUUUUCCUUUCCCCAUGGAGACAAUCCUGUGUUUGCCUGGCCAGGCCAGGGCAACUCCCGUUGUGUUGAUUUUGAGCUGGAGGCUCUGGCCCUCGAACUUUCUAUGAUAGGAAUCUUACUGGGCCUUGGGGCACUGAUGACCUGGACUGGGUUUCGCUUGUUCUGGAUCCCACUCACCAGCACCUCUUACUGGUGGGGGUGUGAGGUGUUCCACUGAGCCAGGCCAGGACUGGAACCCCUCCUUCCCCACUACAGCCCCGCCAUGUUGCCCCAUCAUGGCUGCUACAGGAGCACAACAGGGAAGGGCCUGAGCCUCUUUCGGAAGCCCCAUUUGGGGUGUGAGAGGGCAGGUACGGAUAGUGAAAAAGAUUCUUCCGGGCCCAGCGCAGAGCAUUAAAACCUCUGGAAGAUUCACUGCCUGGGGUGGGAUGGGGUGAGGCCGGUGAGGGCAUUGUGGGGCCCAGACCAGCCUGGCCUGAACUGUGGCCAGAAGCCCUAGGUUUAGGGUGGACUGGUGGGUGGAGAUGUGUUCUUUCUAGCCAGGGCAGACACCCAGCUGGCUGGGCCCUUCCUCAGCCUUGCCUCCCUCCCAUUCCCAACCCUUCUCCAUUCUUCCUGCUUCUGGACUGCUGGUCCCCUCACCUCCCCUCCUUCCAACUAUUUCCAGUUACUACUGACCCAUGGCCGUGGACUGAUCAGACCAGCACAAAAAAUAAAAGUUUGUUCCAAGCUGAUGGUGUCCUGUUCCCUGCCCAGGCCCUCCAGGUGGAGGUGCACCACCGGGAGCGCUGGCUGUGCCUGCCCCAGAGCCCCCCUGCUGCGGCACAGGGCAGGGGCAGGACGAGCCCAGCUUCUCUUAGGCCUGCAUGGCUUCAGAACACAGGCUCCUGUGGCACAUGUGACACAGGCCAAGUUGCCAGUCUUCCCCGAACCUACUUCCUCACCUAGAGCGAGAGUUAAACAAAAUGCCUGUGUGGUGGUGGUUGUGAGGAUUCAGCGAGAGAGUGUGCGGCGAGGCUCGAGGCGUUGGCCUGUGGGAGGCGCCACUGACCUGGCCGGCUGCUGCUUCCCCGGGCUGUGGGCUGUUGUGCAGGGAGAAAGGGGCUGUUGACAUGUCUCUGCUGGGUGUCUCCCUCACUUAAGCGCUUUGAUUUUGAAGCCACCAUCUAGGAGAGAGGUGGCGGUCGGUUUUCCUAGUGAAGGCAGCUGAAGCUCAGAGGAGCGGGGCCAGCACCCAGGUUCAUGCCGGCACCAGCACCCCACCCACCCCACCCCAUCUGGUAUGUGGCCGCUCUGCCCCAGGGCCUUUGGCCCCAGCCUGUUCUUCGUGUGCUCUUUCCUUCUUGCUUUUUGACUCUGGUUCUCCUUAGAGGGGCUGCUGCCCACUGGUGCCGUCGUAAGAGGAAGGCUCCAGCACAGUGCACCCUUCUGCUCUCGGUCCCCGUGGCAGGUGCUGUGGAGUCCGUGUUUCCCCAGGAUUUCACCGGGGUGGAACCUUGUUUGGUUUGAAUUCUUUUGCCCCUAAGAGUAACCACUUUCUUUACAUUUGGAAACUGUGGUCUCCGCUCUGGCCUCUGCCCUCAGACACGCAGGUGGUUGGUCUGGAUCUCGGGUCACCCGGCCUGCUAACGGGGGCUGACAAUACAGUGUGUUACUGUCAUUAACUGGGACUCCACAGGUCCUCUGCGGGUCUCAGCCCUACCAACUCUCACUUUGGAACAAAACACCAGCCCUUUUGUAGCUGACAAAGAAUAAAGUUGUUAAUCAUCUCGAAUGGCCAGUCCUGACCCUUCUGUAUGUACAGCUGGCAUCUGUGGUGUCUUCAGUUCAGUUAGGACCCCUGUUCUGGCUUACAGGCCUCCCUGGCACAGAAUAAGGGAACGGGAAUAGGCCAUGGUACAGGGGGUUUGGGGGUAUGGCAGACGGGGUGAGAGCUGUGCCUCGAGGGCCCAGAGGAUUUGAACAUGUACAGAUGGGCAGAGGGUACGCAUCCGGCCUGGAGCACACAGCCAGGGGCGCUGAGCCUUGACUGUGUUAAGUCCCGGGCAGCUGUUUCGGGGAGCAUCUGGGGGAUAUCUCCUUUAUUGAGAGACUGUUCUAGAUGCAGGGCAGGUGUUGAGUGAAGUAACGAAAAUGGAGCGGUCACUGGAGUGAGCCAUAGGACCAGUUCAUUCCUGGCACGGAGGGCUGAGGGGUUACCUGGUCCAAGGCCUCAGUGCUGAUUCAUACACGCCCGGUGCCCACUUCUGCGGCCGUUCACCCGCCCCUCCCUACUGACCUGUCCCAGCCUCUGUUUUCUCAGCUGUGGUGGGCACUGGCCCUGGAUCAGGUGCCAUGGUUAGGAGCAGAGUGUGUUGGAAAGCGUGGCUGUGGAAGCACCCCAGCCCUCCAGGAGGGUCCUCGGAGGCACUGAAUCCAGGGACAUAUUGGAAGGGGAGGGCCAGGACCUGUCCCUCGGAGCUGGCAGCUUCUGGCUCUUCAGGGGACCCGUCUCCUUACACCAUCCCAGCAUAGGUACAAGGGGCAAAUGUCCAGUUCCCACGGUGGAGUCCACUCGCACACUGAAGGCCGACGUGGUCAGUAGCGAAACAGGUAAAUUCUUCUACCUUCGCUCAAGUGGCAGCGAGAUGCAGGUGAAGCUGCGCACUUACACCGGCUGUCCGGGAGGGCCUGCCUUCUCCACGUCCUCCCGCCUCCCCCCAGCCCAGCAUCCCAGAGCAGGGCCAGCCUCAGGCCCCCUUCCCCCGACCCAGCUGGGUUUUAGUGGAGAAACCAGGGUUUCUGAAAUUCGGAUCAGUCCCUGGGGCCUUGUUUUGGUUCAGUGUGCGUUCUCUUGUUUUGCCAAGAGCAGAGGCCCUGUGCCAGGGCCAGAUAAAAACUACACGUGCCAUGGUCCUGGGCAUAAUUUAUUUUUUUUGCAUAGGCAUAAAUUAGAAUCUGGAAUAAAAAGUUCAGAACCGACAGUGCAGCAUUUGUGACAGGAGAGCGCAAAAUGAAACCUGGUUGUCGGGGCUGGGGCUGCUGCUGCCAGAGGGCUGCGGGCGGCCUCGGGCCUCGUCUUCCUUCCAGCUUCCUCCCCCAGGAGCCCAUCUAGGGCUUAGCCCUGCUCCCAGGGCACCUGCCUCACAGCAGCCCCUUGCGGCAGCUGGUAAGGAGGAGCUGAGUCAGCCCGUGCCCCACACAGCGGGGCUAGGGAUCAAGCCCAAAGCUUUUCAGUUAAGAAUCAGACCUUGAAGAAUAUAUACAUAAUACAGCAGAGCCCGCUCUUCCCCCAGCCCACCACCCCUGAAUGCCGCCGCCCCCGUAGAAAAUGAGCUAGAAGGAAACAAACUGAGCAAGAGCCGGAAGAGUCCCGAGGGGGCAGCUGAGAAUUAGGGCCCUUACACUCGGGCCUGACUGGGAUGGGGGCCCACAGACAGACCUCUUGCCACCGUGACACCUUCAAUGUCACUAUCAUACUCAUGGGACCACCUUGAGAGCCGGGGGCAUACCCUGCUCCCCACCCUUUUAAGCUGACCGCAGCUGCUUCUGGUCU